GCACAAUAUGCCUGUUGCUACUUCCACUGCACCUUUCUUUCUAGACGAGCUACCUUAUGAUGUUUCUCUUAUAAUACUAUCUCAUUUGUCGUUACGCGAACGUGUACGCUGCACUCAAGUAUCCAAAGCAUGGCGAUCGCUUGUACUGUACUCUCCUCCCAUGUGGCACGAGAUUUUCGGAUGCAACAUCUCACGCGAUUUGGCACCAUACAAAAUUGACGGCCGGGAUAUUCAUAAGAUUGACCUGCAGGAUCAAGAUGAUGUUACACUACUAAUCAAUUUGGGAUGCUCGACUAUUCAGACCAUCACUAAUGCGUGCUACAAUCCGAACCUUCAAGAUCUGCUGAACAUGUGCGGCCCUACGCUAACUGAUUUAGACGUCUUCACUAUUGACUGGAACAUCGACGACUUUCUUCACACAAUAUUCACAGCGUGUCCUAAUCUCACUCGUUUGAGAUGUGUUUGCCGCCGUAUGUCACCUCCAUCACCAUCAUCCGACAACCUGCAGCCCAACAUCAAGAACAGAUCUAUUGUCACCUCGACCGGGAAACGUUCACUUUUCGACGCCUAUACAUCUAUACACGAAGCAAUGCAACGAGUGACGGAUCUAGAACUCUCGGUGCCCUAUAUUGAUACCGAUACUUUGAAGCGAAUCCUGGCACUAUUUGGCAACCUGCGGCACUUAUAUCUUCGCGAACCUUACCAAAAAGGCGACUUUCUAAUGUGGCUCAACUCAAUGUUUCCGUCCCUACAAACGAUUCGAUUCGGCAAAAACUUUUACGAAUGCAGUCCGUCCAGGUUUAGCAAGUUACCACCGGGAUACAAGGCAUUGGCUUAUAAUGACAUGGCUAUUGGUCAAGAAGGUGUCGGCACAAUGCUGGAAACUCACGGCCGCGAUAUGGGCGCUUUGCAUAUGCGAGCAGAUCUUGGUUGGUCAAUGGCAUUCUCUAUGGUGCAACGCUUUGUAUAUUAUGGCGCGCCCCAUUUACAAUCACUUGCUAUCCAGAGCCGUCAAAUAUGUGGUCCUCUAGUUGAUCUCGAUCAUCUCUUACGCCAAUUCCCCUGCUUGGAGCAGCUUGUUCUCGAAAACAUCAGCUUCAUCCAGACGCCAUCGAACGAUACAGCAACAGCAACAGCAGGUCACAAGCGCCCACUAUCAUCGUACUUAAUCCAAGACACCGUAUCAACGCCUCAACCAUACUUAACGUUGAAAACAGCCAAGUUUGUCAAUUGUAAGGGGCUUGAACCUGCCAAGCUGAUGUCCACCAUCUGCCGAUUUGACUCGUACAUGGAUUCAGUGUCCUUGGUUGAAUCUGGCGACUUGCCGAAAUACGUUCUCGACGCCUUGUCAAUAAGAGUGGAGUCUUUGGAGCAACUUGUUCUGGGAUCCAGGAAUUUGAGUGAUCGCAAUGUGCAACGACUCAUAGAUAACUGGUCCGUUGGCAAGAAAAAGUUAAAGUCCUUACAAAUCACAAGUCUUAGCAAGGAUGCUUCACCAGCUGAACUGACACAUUUUGCUAAGCAAAUAUUAACGCAAACACAUAUCGAUAUAUCCACACCAUCACAUAACAGCCACUAUUAGCACUAGAAAUG